UUUUCAGAAAUUAGUAAUUUCUUCUUCUUCUUUUUAUCCCCUUGCACGUUUCAAUCAAGAAGCCGUUUCAAUUUUCAUGUCUAAUCUUUAAUUCUUUUUCCUUUUCCUCUUCUUUUUGUUUUCAAAAUAUAAAGAGAUAAAAAAGAGUUUUGGGUCCACAUAAAGUCUGAGCUCAAAUGGAGUUUUAUUUAUUUAAGUGUCUCUAUGGAUGAUCAAAGAGGUUUUUGGCUUCUGAUUCUGAAAAAAAAAAAGGAAGAGAGAGAGACGGGGGGUUUAGGCUUCUGGGCAUCACUAACUUGGCCCUUUACACCAAAAAAUAGAAGCUGAGAGGAUUGCAAUCAUACUACUAAGAUACAAACUGGAAGAAGUCUAAAACCUGUUGCUGCGGGGUAAAUUUGUGAUCGCUAUGGACCUGAAAGGGAUAACAUGGGUUGGUGAUUUUUAUCAGAAGUUUGAAGCUAGGUUGUUGGAAGUGGAAGAAAUUAUGUGCGAGGAAGCAGUUAAAUAUGUGGAAAAUCAGAUGCAGACUGUUAGUGGUAAUGUGAGGAAAUUCUAUUCGGAUGUCAUGCAAGAUUUGUGCUCUCCAGAUUCAGAGGUUCCUGCAAAUGGGGCAGUCUCUAAGUUGCCUGUAGAUUUGGGAGCAGCUGAUGUUGGGGUCCACUUGAAGCCAGAUGAUGGUGCGAAAGAAACAUGUGAGAAGGCUGAUGAUUUGAGGCUGUUGACUGGGUAUUCAAAGAUGACUACUGAUCAUGGUCCUGACCGUCUCCCAGUACGUGAAAGGAUUUCUAUCAGAAGAAUUUCAAGGCAACAUAGUAAAGGAAGUCUGUCCAAUAAAUCAAACCUGGACAUGCAUGGAAACUCUAAUUGCAAGAAUGUGUCUCCAAAAGAGACAUCAGGGAUCACCACUCCUUCGAGUAAACAUCUGAUUGGAUACUCAACAAUUUCUGAACAUUCUGAUCAAAAUCUGGAAGCAUCUUGUGACUGGAAUGCAAGACUUAUAACUCCAGGGUCUGUUGAAGUUACAGAGCAUUUCUCCAUAGAAAAAAGUAAAAAAGAGAUUGAAAAUACAAGGGAGCACAUGCUUGAUAUUUCAUUCUAUAAACCAUCAUUGGAUAUGGGUAAUAUCACUGAAACUGGCAGGCAUGAAGGAACAGACAGGAGGCCUUCCAGCAUCAACCUAUUAGAAGAAUCAAAUGCUGCAGGUGUUUGUUUAAACAAUGGAUUGGUUUCUAUGACAGACUUUUAUGCAAAUGGGAAUAUGCAGACUAACAAAUUUGCAUACGAGGAGGAUUUUGUGUCUAAUUCAGAUGAAUGGGGAAUAGAUUCAGACAAAGACGGUACCCUCAUUGAAGAGGAUAUGGAAAUCAUCCAACAAGUGGAUAAGGCUCAGCUUGAGGAAACCUGUGUUUUGAUGAAUGGAGAUGAACUUGAUGCUUCUCGUGAAGGCAAAAACAAGCCUUACAAGAAGAUUCGGGAUGUUUUUAGUUCAAGAAAGAGGUCAGUGAGGAAGGAAUAUGAGCAGCUUGCUGUACAGUUCAGAAGUGAUCCAAAAUCCAAUCAAGAAGAGAGUAAAACAAGUUUAAUGGCAACUCCGUCUAUAAAGGAAGCAAAAAGAUCCUCAUCUCAUGAUCCCUCUGAAUCUGAAUGGGAGCUUGUCUAGAUACCAGUAGUGUUUAGUAUUAGUAACACGUCCGUACGUGUAUAUAAAUGUUGAAUGGGGUGAUUAGGAUGUUGUGCCAGAUGUUAAUAUUUCUCCCAACCUUUAUUCCCCUUCUUUGCAUACUUUCUUCUCUUCCCGAGUGCUGAAGUCGGUAAACGGCAGAGAAAAAAAAACCACCCUGAUCUAUAAUGCAGAAAUUUGUGAAGUUAUAUUCAGUUAUUUUAUGAUGUCCUCGCAUCAUGGGGACACAAGUAUUUACCUUGUAUGACCUGUGAGUAUUGUGCAUGCCUUGAGUUCCAAGCCAAACCACUUGAAGGAAUUGAUUAUUUCCUUCCUCCAUGAAGUUUCAGUUGUUUUAAGA